GCGCAGCGCGCAUGCUCGGCGCGGGCGCCAUUUUGGACGGGCCGCCGGAGCUUCUCCCGCGGUGGCGGCGGUGGUGACGGUUGGCGGCGGAGCUCGGCCCGGCUCAGCGGCGGCGGCGGGAGCGACCUGGGUUUCGGCGGGCCCCGCUGCCGAGAUGGCCAAUAUCGCGGUGCAGCGGAUCAAGCGGGAGUUCAAAGAAGUGCUGAAGAGCGAGGAGACGAACAAAAAUCAAAUUAAAGUAGAUCUUGUAGAUGAAAAUUUUACAGAACUAAGAGGAGAAAUAGCAGGGCCUCCAGACACACCAUAUGAAGGAGGAAGAUAUCAAUUAGAAAUAAAAAUUCCAGAAACGUAUCCUUUUAAUCCCCCUAAGGUGCGGUUUAUCACCAAAAUUUGGCAUCCUAAUAUUAGCUCAGUCACCGGAGCUAUCUGUUUGGAUAUCCUAAAAGAUCAGUGGGCCGCAGCGAUGACUUUAAGAACAGUGUUGUUAUCCUUACAAGCCCUCUUGGCGGCUGCAGAACCUGACGACCCACAAGAUGCAGUUGUGGCAAAUCAGUACAAACAGAAUUCAGAAAUGUUUAAACAGACAGCUCGACUUUGGGCACACGUGUAUGCUGGAGCACCACUUUCUAGUCCGGAAUAUACCAAGAAGAUAGAAAAUCUUUGUGCUAUGGGAUUUGAUAGGAAUGCAGUAAUAGUGGCCUUGUCAUCGAAAUCAUGGGAUGUAGAAAGAGCAACAGAACUACUCCUGAGUAACUGAGCCCUGUGCAGAAACUGCUUCAGUGUAGCCCAGCCUGCCUCUUCUUGAGGAAACGUCACAUCAUCUCUUCUUUUUAGGUUUCAAUAUAGAUUCUCUUUUAAAACUGGCAUUCUUGCCUGAUGCUAUCUAGGCCCUGUUGGAGACUGACAAAAAAAAAACAAAAACCAACUGCUUUGUAAAUAAAGCGAAUUAAACAUCUGUGUAAAUUUAAAAACAAAACAAAACACACAAAAAAAACACUAAAUAUUGUAAAUUCCUCGAGCUUGGCUAAAAAAAAAAAAAAAUUACUGGUGGGGACAACCUUGUCUGCUGUAGUGUUAGCAGUGCGAGCUGGAAUUUGCAUCAGGAUUUUGACUUUGUCCAGAACACAUCAGGUUGUGUGUCUGUAAUCAUCAAUCGUUGAUGUUCACCCAUCCCGGCUCCCUUACCGUUUGUUUUUUUUUAAAAAAAAAUAUGGAUCUUAACAUGCCUGUGGACUGACCUUAAUAUUUGCAUGCCUGUACUUUUACCUAGAUGCUUUGAAGCAAGUUAGGGUGAACUGAACCAGAGUGCCAUUCGAAGUACUUAAGGAGUAUUCAUUCUUGUAAACUUUUUUUGCCUAAAGAUUUUUUUUUCCAGAUGGCCUCGAAGCUCAAUGUUGGGGAGGGGGGGAGGCUUCACUCUGAUACUUUCACCACCUUGGGGUGGGGGUGAUCCUGAGCACCCCUCCUCCUCUUCCUUCCCAGCCUCCUCCCACCUACCCAACCCUUCAGCUGCACGCACAGUUGCAAUAAUCACACUAGGAACCUCUCCAGAAUGUGUGGGUACCUGUGCCAUCCUAGCCUAGUUUUUCCCACUUCGCGUGGUCUCUUUGGAAUAAUCCAUACGAGUGUUUCCACCAUUGUAAUUUCUACACAAUUGUAUAAAAAAGGUUUGGUAUCUUUGGACAUAGCACAAACCAGUGGAGCUGCUGUUUUAUUUCUUCUGCAGAAAUCAAAACCUCUUUCAAUAAAUUCUGGCUAGAACGAA